AGUUAUUUGUGGGGAGGCGCUGUAGCCAUUUCGCCACAUGAAAGCCCGACGCGCCGAGCGAGCGACAUCCGAGUUGUGCGCGGAGAGGACAAAUCAGCUUUGAGGAGCUCCGCGCGCGCGCACGCGCACCCCGGCGUACACGGUCCCGCGCGCCAGAAACGCACGGCACGCAGACAGGCGCACUUCCUUCUCGGCGGUGGAAAACAGAGGGAGAGCGAGAGAGGGAGAGAGAGAGCGAGAGAGAGAGCGCGAGAGCGCGAGCGGAACGCAAACUUCCAACUCUCCCAUGUGGACAGCAAGGGUCUGAGGAGCACGCGCAUUUUCCCCUUCGGAGCUCCGCUACCUCCCCCUCUCUCCCCUUCUUUCUCUGACAGUGUUUUCAGCCGGAGAGUUGGGUUUCUAUGACAGUCUCGCUCCGCCAGAAGAGAAGUUUGGUUGUUUGCCUGGUCGGCUGAGGAGGAGGCGGAGGAGGAGGCAGAGAGUCUGGCUAAAAGUGGGGGAAGAUGGUCCGCAACGCCGCCUGGAGAAGGAGCUCGUUGUGCGUCCUGGCGCUCAGUCUCUGCUUCGCGUCGCCGCCGUGCGCAGCCCGGAUUUACACCAACCACUGGGCGGUCAGGAUAGCGGGGGGCCCCGAGGUGGCCGAGCGGAUAGCGGACAAAUACGGCUAUAGGAACAUGGGACAGAUCGGAGACCUCAAAGACCACUAUCACUUUUUUCAUAGUCGAACCAUCAAAAGGUCGACUUUGUCAAGCCGCGGCCGCCAUAGUUUCAUCUCCAUGGAGCCCAAGGUGGAGUGGAUACAGCAGCAGGUGGUGAAGAGGAGGAUCAAGCGGGAUUACAAACCAUCCCCUCCCCUUUCUCUGUCAAUCCCCGCCUACAGCAGCCCGACCCAGAGCAGCAUAUUCUAUAAUGACGUCAAGUGGAUGAGUAUGUGGUACAUUCACUGUAACGACGACGUCCAUAACUGCCAGUCGGACAUGAACAUCAUGGGCGCGUGGAAGCGGGGCUACACGGGUAAAGGUGUGGUGGUGACCAUACUGGAUGAUGGCAUAGAGAGGAACCACCCGGACCUCUUUCAGAACUACGACCCUCAAGCCAGCUUCGAUGUCAAUGGGAAUGAUAUGGACCCCAUGCCUCGAUAUGACGCAACCAAUGAGAACAAACAUGGGACACGAUGUGCGGGCGAAGUCGCUGCAUCUGCAAACAACUCCCACUGCGUCGUGGGAAUUGCCUACAAUGCCAGAAUAGGAGGAGUACGGAUGCUGGACGGAGACGUAACGGACAUGGUGGAGGCCAAGUCUCUGAGCCUCCAGCCACAGCACAUAGACAUCUACAGUGCCAGCUGGGGACCCGAUGAUGACGGAAAGACGGUGGACGGACCCGCAUCACUGGCCAGACAGGCCUUUGAGAACGGCAUCCGGAUGGGGAGAAAGGGCCGCGGCUCCAUCUUUGUUUGGGCGUCGGGCAACGGCGGGCGCAGCAGAGACCACUGCUCCUGUGACGGCUACACCAACUCCAUAUACACCAUCUCCAUCUCCAGCACAGCGGAGAGCGGGCGCAAGCCCUGGUACCUGGAGGAGUGCUCGUCCACGCUGACCACCACCUACAGCAGUGGAGAGAACUACGACAGAAAGAUUAUCACAACAGACCUGAGACAUCGGUGCACAGAUAAUCACACAGGGACAUCAGCGUCGGCUCCCAUGGCUGCAGCCAUUAUUGCUCUGGCCCUGGAGGCAAAUCCUGUUCUAACAUGGAGAGACGUACAGCACAUCAUUGUGAAGACGUCUAGAGCCGGACAUCUCAGCGCCCCUGACUGGAAGACCAAUGCUGCUGGUUACAAUGUCAGCCAUCUGUACGGCUUUGGUCUGAUGGAUGCUGAGGCGAUGGUGAAGGAGGCGGAGCGAUGGAAGCAAGUCCCUGCUCAGCACAUCUGUGUGGAGAACGCAGACCGACAAAUCAGAACCAUCCGCCCGGAGCAUGUGGUCCGGUCGGUGUAUAAGGCCACAGGAUGCACCGACAACCCCAACCACCAUGUGAUAUAUCUGGAGCAUGUGGUCGUACGCAUCACAAUCACACACCCUCGCCGUGGGGAUCUGUCAAUCAACCUGACAUCACCCUCAGGGACCAAAUCACAGCUGCUGGCCAACAGGUUGUUUGAUCACUCCAUGGAGGGUUUUAAGAACUGGGAGUUUAUGACCACGCACUGCUGGGGAGAGAAGGCAGCAGGUGACUGGGUCCUAGAGAUCUACGACUCGCCUUCUCAGCUCCGCAGCCAGAAAGUGCCUGGCAAGCUGAAGGAGUGGUCUCUGGUGCUGUACGGCACCUCUGUGCACCCGUACUCGUCCCUGCGCAGCGAUAAGCCUCGCUCCACGGACACGCUGCCGCCCACCGACGAGGAGUUCACGGAGGAGUACAACGGCUCCUGUGACCCUGAAUGCAACGAGAACGGCUGUGAGGGUCCCGGACCCCAUCACUGCAUCAACUGCCUGCACUACUUCCUCAAGUUCAAGAACAACACCAGGAUGUGUGUGUCCGAGUGCCCCAGCGGCUUCUUCCGCGACGACAGACGGCGCUGCAAGAAGUGCUCGUCGCUGUGCGAGACCUGCGUCGGGAGCCGCAGUGACCAGUGCACCACGUGCAGGGCUGGUUUCCACCUCAACGAGGGCUCCAACACGUGCGUCGCCAACUGUGCCGACGGCUUCUACCUCGACCACGAUUCCAACAUUUGCAGGCGAUGUCCAGAAAACUGUAAGAGGUGCACCACCUCCAGCAUCUGCACAGAAUGUAAACCUGGGAUGAGUUUUCAAGGGAACAAGUGUCAGAUGACUUGCGACCCGGGCACCUAUUACAACGGCCACAGGAGGACGUGUGAGCCGUGCCACCGCGCCUGCGCCACCUGUGCAGGUACAGGUGUAGAGGCGUGCACCAAAUGUGCAGACGGCUACUUGCUGGAGGACUGGCGGUGCGUGUUAACAUGCAGCACUGGCUACUACCUGUCAGAGCAGACCUCCGACAACGGGCUGGUGCAGAGGUCCUGUAAGAAGUGCGACCAUAGCUGCCACGAGUGCCUCGGACCCGGUGAGAGAAACUGCAGCAGCUGCGCCAAUGGUUACAAUCUAGAGGCAGGAGCCUGCAUGGUCAGCACCGUCUGCAAAGAUGCAAAUGAAGAAUCUUGGGCGGAAGGCAGUUUCUGCGUGCUCGUUAAAAAGAACAAUCUUUGCCAGAGGAAAGUGCUGCAGCAGUUGUGCUGCAGAACGUGCUCGCAAAAGGGGUGACGGGACGCACUCGCCGGGCGUCAAGGGGGUGCCAAGGGGGGGGGUGUGGGGGCACAGGGGGCAUCCCUCCAUUUCAACGCCCCCCCGGCCCACUUAUUCACAGUCACAUAAUUUAUAAGAGAAUCUGUGCCUCUUAAAGGGACUGCAUCGGAGGUGCGAUGGCAGGACUACAACAAACCUACCUUUUUUCUGUACUGGGACACACACAUGGUCAGGGUGUAAAAUGACUUGGACUCAUUUCAAGAACAAACAAGCAAAAGAAAACAAAAGCGAAAACAGACAAACAGAAUAAAAGUGUCAGUAUUUUGUGACCAAAGCAUCAAUGCCAAAAUCGAACCUUCUUUUUUGUUGCCAGCAUAGGAAGUUUAGCGAAAAACAGGAGCCGCUCAGCCUGUGAAUCUCCGAAUGCGUCUGUGUGCAUUUUUUAUCUUGGCUCCUCGUCCUCCUCUCUUUCCAGUGUUAACGAUAAGCAGAUGGAAAGUGAACAUACGGUAGGAAAGGCUCUGGUUUUCUGCCUGUAAAUAUACGUCAAAAGGAAAAAAGGAAGCUCACUCAGUAAUGUGAAAAUAAUGUCUGUCUGGGCUGAGUUGGGCUGUUUAGGGGAGGGGAAGACAAAUCCACACACGCGCAGCACAAAGAUGCUUAUACACAACACGCAUACGCAUAAUAAACAUGAACCCAGACUCAUAAAUCAGCCGCCACUUGAAGUUACAGAUGCUCUAGAGUCACGAUCUGCCAAGACUGAUGCACGUUACUGACCAAAAUCACCUCAUUCCACUUAUUUAAAAGCAAACCCCUGCCCCCUAAGUAGUGUGUGUGUUUGUCUUUAUUCAUGUGCGUACAAGAAAGCCAUUAAUUCUUGAUGUAAGCCCAGACAGCAUUGAUUCAUUCCAGAGGUACUACAAGAAGAGUCGAUAGUUAUUCCUUCCAGAGCUUUCUGCAGGAAAGCAGCCGCUGCAGUGAGUUGAUAAUGAAUUUGUGGUACUAGGGAUGCACCGAUGCCCGUUUUUCAGUCCGCACUGCAGGUUUGGGGAAAUAAACUGUUUGUCCAAAACCUAUCGAGUCCGAUUAUUGAUGUACCUGAAAAUGUGUAGCUCCACCUCUUUGUUGUGAUGGAUAAAAUCGUGGAAAUACAGCUCAUGUUUGUUUCAGAGAUCUUCAUGUCUCCUGUAUGUUGGUUUGUUUUUUCCAUAUGCACUCAAUAAAGGGAAUCUUGUCCAAUGACAUUCUGCAUUUGUAUCGGUGCAUCCCUACACGUUGCUGUGCUCAAAUAAAAUAGUCUUAGAAGUUGCAAAUCUAGAAGUUGCUUUAUACCCUAAACGCUGAGUGGGUGACAGGCCCAGGAAGCCGACCGUUACCAGACAGACACGCAGCGAAUCAGAGCUGUGUUAAAGGCCCGCGACACAGCGACACGCAGCAGAACUGUGUGUUCGGUCGGUCCGCUCGCAUCGCGUCUGACAGGGAGCUGACAGCGUCGCUGCAGAACCGGGAGGGCGUCAGAAAUGCUAAUCCGCUCCUCAGACGCCCCGCUUCUCCUCCCGUCUGCGUCUGAGCCUUUGCUGCUGGAUCUCAAGGUUGUUCUGGCGAGGCCGCCUUCUAGCAGAGAUUGCGUUCGGAUCCGUAGGGUUCCACGCCAGCAUUCACAGUAUUAGACGACUUGAUGUGCUGUCAACUGGUUUCUGAUGAUUUGUAAUAAAGAUCAAUGAAUCCCCUGUUUUGGUUAACAAAAACUUAUUCCUGGUUGACUUUAUUGUGUGGUAGCGCACACCCCCCUCGUAUAAGAGCUGUUUUUAUUGUGUAUCUGUGACAAUGCAUUAUUAAUGUUACUCAAAGUCCUAGUUUUGAAAAUCGUUUUUUUUACCUAAGUGUUCUUAUUAAAAUGUUUAAUCUGG